CCUUCGCUUCGUCCGAUACUAGACCGACUGACUCUUGCUCGAAUUCGUUCAUUUUCAUUUUACUAUUUUUGGGUUUUCGAUUUUAGAUAUCUAGGACCAUUCACUCACUCACCCACCCACUUCCAACGGACAUCAAAUUACCCUUUUCGAAUUCAAUCCACGUUCUCUUUGAUUCACGAUGGCAGGUGAACAUGGCAUCUACAAAUACGAACCCAACAAAAUCGCGUGUAUCGCCGCAGCCGGCCUCUUCGGUGCCAGCGCUCUAAUCCACCUCUUCCAAAUGAUACGGUCAAAAGCCUGGUUCUACACAUCCUUCUGCGUCGGAGCCAUCAUGAUGACAGCAGGCUACGUCUUCCGCUACAUCUCCGCCAACGACCCCUCCUCUCUCGGCCCCUACAUCGGUCAAUCCCUCUGCAUCAUCCUCCCGCCCUCUCUCUACGCCGCCACAAUCUACAUGAUCUACGGACGCCUCGUCCUCUUCGUCGACGCGGCCGACGCCUCCGUAAUCCGCCCCACCCGCGUCACAAAGAUCUUCGUAAUCGGCGACGUCUUCGGGUUCCUCCUCCAGUCCUCCGGCGGAGGCAUGAUGGCGCAGUCCGGGAUGGCGGACAUGGGACAGAAAAUCAUGUUGAUCGGUCUAUUCGUGCAGUUGCUAUUCCUCGGGUUCUUCCUGUUCAUCUCAUUGAUCUUCUGGAAGAGGAUGAACAAGAGCACGAGGCACUACACUGUCCCGCAGUACGGGAAGCACGGGUGGAAGGCGCUGUUGAAGAUGGUGGUGUGUGCGGCGGUCAUCAUCAUUGCGAGGUGCGUGUUUAGGGUUAUUGAGUUCGCGCAGGGGCAUGAUGGGUAUCUGGUCAGUCAUGAGAUUUACAUGUAUAUCUUUGAUUCCGCGCCCAUGUUCUUGGUGCAGGCGAUGAUGCACUUUGUGUACGCGGCGAAGGUGUUUGGGAUUGGGAAUUUUGCGAAGUUGGGGAAGAGUGAGAGUGUUAUUGAGUUGAAUCAGAGGGGUUAUGUGUAGGAGGGAGUCGUGGGCUGUUCGAGAUUGGUUAACUGCAAGGGCAUUGGCAAUAGACGAUGGGCAUUAUACGUAGCGUACUCACAUUCUAGUUUCUUUUGUUCAGCUUCCGGAUUUCUUAGACGUCAAGAAUAGUAAUUUCAAUAUCAUGAUUAAC